CGCUCUUCAUCUCGGCCCGACCAGUUAUGAGGGUAGGAAGGAAGGAGGACCACCAGGCACCAGGCCACCGUCGUCUGCCUGCCCGCGCCGCAGGAGAGCGACGGCCACCUCCCGCCGGGCCGGACCCUGCACCGCGUCUGGCCUCGUUGUAGACCGACCCCGGAAGGCGAAACGGCGGCCAGCGACCGAGAGGCGACAAGACGGAGGCGCGACGACGGGUCAUCUGAUCUCGUGCCGCAGCCCCCAAGACCCCAAUCCUCUCCGCAUCCGAACCCCCGUCUCCACCGGAGCGUCUCGUCUGCGCAGGUCGGCAUCAGAAUCCCCGGGAAAUGGCUGCUCCGGCAGCAAGCGCGCUAGCUCUGCCCGCAGGUUGGUUUCUGUCUCCAAGAUGCAUCCGGGUUCCCGCCUACGGUGGAACGAAACCUCCACUCCUCAAGGUUGCCAAGCAGCCAACUAGUGUUCGCCGGUUUGCUCCUGCCAGCCUCCGAAAGUGCGUGGCUGCGUUGGCUAAUGGACGUCAGGAACUCGAGGCCACUGAGUACCAGUUUGAUGAUGUUGAGCCGCUGUGGCUGGCAGUGGUCAAAGAUGUCGCUGCGGGUUUGAGGGGAUUGGUAGCUUUCUUGGCUGAGCAGCCGAGGCAGUUGAAGCACCUGGAGUGGCCUGGAUUUCAGAACACGUUGAAGACAGCUGCGCUCACUCUUAUACUUGUAGCUGUGUUUAUUGUUGCAUUGUCAACUGUUGAUGCUACAAUUUGCUACGUGCUGGCCUGGCUACUUCGGAAAUCUGCCUAGAAGGACGCAGGGAAUACCUGCUUCUCGCUUGAAUAUGAUUUUGCCAGGCAGGAUAGUAGCAGCACUGCAGCGUUAAUUCAAGGUCUUGUCAUUGAAGGGGUCAGUGAUGCUAUGCAGACUGGACCUAGUGAGGAAGUUGGUUCUUGUCCCAGUAUACCAUGUUAUUUUGGGAGGAUUGAGAAAAUCGAGACAAAUGCUCUGCAUUGGAUGCUGAUUUGUUGCAGUCAUGCAGAUGUAUUGAUGUAGUCACUCACAAUAGCAUUUGAAAGGGAGAUAUUUGGUUUCAAAAAGAAAAACGAUACAAUGAUUUAUCGUUGUCUCUGUGACAUUAAGUAAAUAGGUGUAGUUAGAAUUUGAGUUCUAAUUUAACAGAUUGCAAGCUUGUCUCGGAGAAAAUUAUACUUGGUGAUUUGUAAUUGUUUUCUGUUAGGGCAGACUUGCUUGUAAACUUGCCAGUCCAUCAGCUAGGAUCUAAAGAAAUUUGUUUUCCAUA